UUCUGAAGAAGUUGUCAGGUUGUGAAGCCAGGUCUGUAAUGAUGAGCGCCGCAGAGAUCGGAACAGUCUUGCGGUAAAGUCAAUUGAGACUUCAAAGCUAGCGGGCAUAUUGAGAUAGCUGCCUGCAAAGUCGUUUAUAGCGUUGAUUGCGGCAAGUUCUUUACAAACUCUCGCAACCGCUCAAAAUUGCCUAAUGUUCCUUAGCAUGUUUCGCACUUUAUUUGCCAAAAAUGGGUCGAAGAGGACAAUGGAAGAGAGGUGGUCCUUUUUGAAGUGUCCGCAGUGCGUCCAGUCCUUUCAUAUGGAAAACUUAUGGUUUCCUACGGUGUUGUGAGAUGAUCUACCCCGAAGGAAUCUGGUCUGAAUUUUGUAUAAUUGGGAAGCGACGAUUAAGACUUUGCGGGAAGAGUCUUUUGACAUUAAUCUAUGUGUAGGAGGGGGGUCGGCUCCAUUUGUGCGGGGAAUCUCCUAUUCAUCAUGUGUCAUCGAAUAUGACUGGGGCCACUCUCUGAUUGGUCGACGGCACGUGCCCCUCCCUAUAUAGCCUCUCGCAAAGUGUCUGUUUUCGGAUGGAUGGCAAAUUACCGUCUGCUGGCUUCCCAAAGUUUGAACAUCGCUGGUUUACUCUGCCCAGAACUGGCAACCUGUUUCCUACAAUCACUGUCAGGGCGAGGGGAAACACUGAGCUAAGUGACUCAAGCGCUCCGACCCCAGGGCAGUUGUUUAUAGCCAGCGAACUCUGAGCACCGGGAGAUUAUAAGUAGGAGUAAUAGUGACUGACAUUUUGGAUUCGCGUGCGUCUUCGGUCCUUUCAAUAUAGGGUCGAAGUUCUUGGAGACAGAAGCGAGUAGGAGGACCGUAAUAUGGCGAACAGUAGCGCGGAUGAGAACGGGAACCCACCGGCGAGCCCGCCGCCUCCUCACAGCCCGGUCCAACCGGAGGACAGUCCGAGUCCUGACGGCCCGCGCACCACCAACUUUUCCAUCGCGAACAUCCUCCGGCCGGAGUUCGGCGCUCGCAAGAGAGACAGUAAAAGUUGCGACUCCUCUCCCGUGUCCAGCCCGGGGAAACCGGCACCGGGAGACCUCUCCCCCUCACUGCCGGCCAGCCCGGGCGGAGUCCCGCAGGAGAACACGACGACAGCCGAUGGACUCCGACUCGAUGAUGACCCCGCCAAGCCCGUUACGGCAGACGAUAAGGACGGUAAACCGGUGCCCCAGCCCAUGAUCUGGCCGGCGUGGGUUUACUGUACCCGCUACUCGGACCGCCCUUCUUCUGUUCGCACCGCAGGACCCCGAACGCGGAAAGCUCGGCCCAAAGAUCCGAAGAAAGCCGAGGAGAAGCGGCCGAGAACGGCGUUCACUUCCGAACAACUCCAGCGCCUGAAAAAGGAAUUUCAAGAGAACCGUUACCUCACAGAGCAGCGGCGGCAGGACCUGGCAAGAGAGCUGAAGCUAAACGAGUCACAGAUCAAGAUAUGGUUUCAGAAUAAGCGUGCGAAAAUCAAGAAGGCGGCUGGAGUACGGAACGGACUAGCGCUCCACCUCAUGGCGCAGGGGCUCUACAACCAUUCCACCAUGCCGACAAUGGGAGACGAGCACGGGCUUGAUAUGCAUGACUAGUGCGGCAAACAAACCUCGGCGGCGAACCGGUCCGUGAAAUUGUGGACAGCCGGACAUCAGAAACAUCUUACGGACAAGCAUUGUCUGGACAUAUCGUCUAACUGUCCAACUGAAUCUCAGAGCUAUGUUCCUUGUUUCAAUCCAAAAGCAUCAAGUAGCGUUAAUCGUUUGUUGGUAAGGUCUAAAAAUUUUGCCAGUGUCUUAAUUUAUUGUGACGCAUAUUUUUGGACAACAGAAGAAAAGGGUAGAUUCUUUUCGGACGAAAAAAAGGAAUAAUGAAUGGACAGUACAAAAGAAGGAAUCGUUUGAUCAGUCUACCUUGAUAUAUUUACAUAUCCACAGCGGACAGAAGAGAGAUAUUAUUUUUGUCAGUCAGUCUCUGAAUUCUGUGAUCUUUUGACAAGUGAAAUUUGUGUUUUUCUGUUCGUGUGUCUAUAGAAUGAAAUAGUUGUAAAUACCCGUACAAUUGCACGUCGUUGUCACGUGCGAGCAAGUUGCAAUAUCUCUUUUUUCUCUUCUUUAUCUCUUUUUUUGUUGUUGUUGUCGACAUUCGAUGAAAUUAUAUGUUGUCACCCCAAGAUGGGUGCACACACGUAAACCGUACGUUGUUCACUUGUGGUGAAAUGGACACUUUUCUUCAUUCCAUCCAGAAUAUACGGUAAACCUUGUAUAUGUAUAUUUCAAAUUGUUUGAGAGAAGCUGUUGAAAAAAAGUUGUCGUUGUGUGAAAAGUGUAAAAUAGUUUAUUAAAUAUUUCCACCGAUGUGUAAUACU